UCUCACCUCAGCCAUCCACAUCUCGUGAUGGAGAUGGGCAGCCUCCUCCUCCUCCUGUCACAGUCUCAGGGCUGUCACAACAGCCACCUCAGGCUCCAGACCAGCUGGCUGCAUCAUCUGGCCCUGCACCAUCUACAGGGAGCAGUGCAACAGACCAGGCUCAAGUUAGUAUAGCUUAAUCAGAAUAUUUUAUGCUCUAAAUUAUGACAUUUUGUAUAUAUUAAUGAAUACAUUUUAUAGGCACCAGUUCUUGGGCCCGAUGGUGUUGCUGGCUGGGACAAAGUUCAGAAUUUGGCUGGAUAUUUGGUGGACCUCCGUCAAGCCCCUUACUUGGAUGAGCAGCAGGUGAGAGAGAUCAUCCGCCUCUGGAGUGCUCUUGCUGCUGGAGACAAGGCCAGGAUUCAGUAUCAGCCCAGACAUCAGGCCAAGCUCACACAGGGCCGCUUCAAGGCCCCUAAAGGCACCAGAGUGACCCCAGGGGUGGAGAGUGUGAAGAGGUGCUUGAUCGGCCAUCCAGGCGGGCCAGCUCAGUGGCCCAACACCAGCCGCUUGGUCGAGGCCAUGUGCAUCAAGCUGUGUGAAGUCCAUAAGUCCCCGAGUAAGAAGGCUGGUGUCCGCAUUCCUCGAUGGACCAAAAUCUUGGCAGACUACCAUCACAUCAGAGAACUGGUGCUGAGCAGUCGACCACUGAUGGAUGACACGUCAAUCCAGCUUUUUGAGCUCAACCAAAGGACACUCAUUCAGUGGUUUCAACGGCGGCAGAACACCCAGGAGAUGAGUGUUCUUACACAAGGCCUGGCUGCAGAGGACCGCAUCCCUGUAGCCACCACACAGCUCCCUCCUGCCCAGGAGAGGUUAGAGGAGGCUCCCACAACAUCUGGGCCACAGCAUGAGUUUGUGCUCCCUACAAACAGGGAGGGACAGGCUCCUCACCUGCGGCCAGGCAGACGACCUGGUAGUGUCACAGCAGUGCGCCCUAUCACUCCUGCACCAGCGGCUCCUCCUACACUACCUGCUCUCGAGCCAUUGUCAGGGUUCUUAAUUGUGAACCCACUUGUGAUGGGAUCUGGUGCAGGUACUUCUGCAGUUGUGUCCCCUGCAGGUCCAGUUGUUGCUGCUCCCAUUGCCCCUGUGUCUGUGUCUCGCUUUACACAGAGAAACAGGCGGCGCAGGGCUAAAGAGGAGGCCACUGGAACCAACAAAAGAAAAUAUGUUCGUGGUACAUGCAUUUAAUACAUGCAGUAAAUGUGGGCAACCCAAAACAAAGGAUUUUGGCCACAGCCGCUAUGGAAAUGCCACUUUUUGCCCGCAUUCCUCCGGUGGAAAAUCUCUAGAGGAGUGGCUGGCAGAACAGCGCCAGCACAAGAAGCCAGGAAACCCACUGCCAUAGUGCAGAGGUGGACACUCACCCCCUGCCUGUAAAUACUGUAUAUUAUACUAUGUA